CUGCGGAUUGCGUCGGAGCAACUUAAGUAAAAUAGUGGUAACAGAGUUUCGAGUUUUGAGCGCUGCGUUUUUUUUGUUCAUUUUUCAAGUAAAUUAUUAUUCAAGUUGAUCGAUAACAUGACGAGAAUUUUAACAUUGAAAACCACCGCCUGGGGUGCUUUCAGAUCCUUCCAUUCUUCCAAGCACCUCUCUGCGACGACACCGGCCUUGGACCCUCAAAAACAUGAACAAAAUCAAAGCUACAUCCACCAUAUCGGUAAGCAUCCGCUGGUCUAUCGGAACGUGGGUCAACAUUUACGACUUGCGGCCGAAAAGUAUCCCAACAACGAAGCCAUCGUGUCCUGCCACGAAAAUAAACGGUUAACUUUUUCUGAAGUGCUCGAAAAGGUAGAUCGGAUAGCGGCUUCAUUCUACCAGCUCGGACUGCAGAAAGGUGAUCGCGUCGGUAUAUGGGCUCCCAAUGGGACGCAGUUCUACCUCUCAACGCUGGCUGCAGCACGCGCCGGGAUGAUUUCGGUUGCAAUCAACCCAGCUUAUCAAGUACCUGAAAUCGAAUAUGCCCUCAACAAAGUCGGAGUCAAGGCUAUCAUCGCAAAUGAAAGUUACCGAACCCAGCAGUAUUACAAUAUGCUAGUACAACUCGCACCCGAGUUGUCCAGUUGCAAGCCAGGGGAGCUAAAAAGUGCAAAACUACCUUCACUGUCAACGGUGAUCAUCAAUAGUGAGCAGAACACGCAAUUGCCAGGUACCAUCAAAUUCCAGAAUUUACUCGAAGCCCCAUCCGCAUCGGAACUGUCCAAAAUAGAAUCCCUCCAGGCGUAUAUUUCUCCGGAUAGCGGUGUAAACAUCCAGUUCACAUCCGGGACUACGGGUCAUCCGAAAGCGGCACUCAUGUCGCACUUCGGUUUUGUAAACAACGGCAUCCAUAUCGGGUACCGGAACGAGCUCGGACACAAGGACCAUCGCAUUUGCGUUCAGACACCGUUCUUCCAUGUGUUUGGUAUGGUCAUUGGGAUCGUAGCUGCCUUGAAUUAUGGAACUACAUUAGUAGUCCCGGGACCGGGAUUCAAAGCAGCUGAAUCACUGGAAGCAAUAGUCAAAGAAAGAUGUUCGGCUAUCUACGGAACACCAACAAUGUACGUCGAUUUGGUUCGACAACUCCGAGAAAGUAAUCUCAAACUUCCCCCGAUCGAUUUGGCGGUUACCGGAGGAGCACCCUGCUCUCCCAAGCUAUUCACAGAUAUUCAGGAGUCGCUGGGAGUACGCCAGGUUAAAACUGUUUUCGGACUGACCGAAUCGACGGCAGUUAUGUUCCAAUCGCUGUUCAACGAAUCGAAAGAAAAUGUACUGGAAACCGUUGGACAUCUUAUGGAUCACUAUGAAGCGAAAGUAGUGGAUCAGGACGGAAAUAUCGUACCUUUUGGAGCGUCUGGUGAACUGUGGGUCCGUGGCUAUGGAACCAUGCUCGGCUAUUGGAAUGAUGAUGCAAAAACUAAGGAAACUAUUGAUGUGGACAGGUGGCUUAGAACUGGCGAUCAAUUUCAGCUACGAAGUGACGGUUACGGGAAGAUUGUAGGGCGUAUCAAAGAAAUGGUGAUACGAGGAGGAGAAAAUAUCUACCCCAAGGAGCUGGAGGACUUCCUGAUUACACACCCGAAGGUUCUAGAGACGCACUGCGUCGGUGUUCCGGAUGAACGGAUGGGUGAGGAAAUCUGUGCCUACGUGCGAUUAAGAGAUGCAUCGCAGUCGCUGGAUCAUGCGGAAAUGAAAGAGUACUGCAAGGGGAAGAUUUCCCAUUUUAAAGUGCCGAAAUACUUGAGAAUUGUGGAUGAUUUUCCCAAAACAACUUCGGGGAAAAUUCAAAAAUUUAAACUGUUGGAGUCGUUUAAAAGUGAAGCGAAAUAAAUUACUGAUACUAAAAAUGUUUUGUCAAUGGAGCAGAGGGAUUUGCAAAAAACAAGAUAAUGAAGAGGGACGCAAUAGUAUUUCUAUACUCCUGCAGGUUGUUCACCACAUGUUAU